AUGAGUGGGUCGCCACCAGAUACUUUCAAAGAGAUGAGUAAUUCCAAAUACAAGUUACCACUACUAGAAAGAAUACCUUCCCACACCAACAACAGUGAUGACGAAGACCUGAACGUUAAGGGUGUCGUGGAUUAUGUAUCCUUUCCCACUAUCCCUGAUCCAGAAGUUGAGAAUUCUAAAUCCAUUGCAGGUCUUUUAACUAAAACAUUGAGAAAGGUCACCACAAAUGCAUCAACCCUUGUUCAAAACUAUUCUCAGAAUUAUACAUCACCGAAACCCAAUGUUUUAGACACAUCUCCAUUUACCAACCGUGUAAAUGAACUAAAGGCAACUGGCAUAGGAGGUGAUGUAUUAUCUGUCCCCAAGAAUGAUGAAAUUGUGGACACACCAAUAUCCAUGGAAGCACCACCUAUGAAAGCUGACACGCGAUUGCGAGUUAAGGAAGAUACUAGCAAACGACUUUCAAGAACUUCCAGUCCACUAGAUAUAAAGGGAGAAACCCAGGGAAAUAAAUUAGAGAUUGUGAAUUCAAUUAUCAAAAGUGAAACUAAUAGAAACACACCAAUUGAUAAAGUAUCUAUUGUAACAAACGAGACAUCGACAGGAUCCAUUUUGAAGCCACUGCAACCCAAACAGCCACCUGUCUCUAGCACACCGGCACUAUCUUUACGACAGAAUUUAAUUGAUGAAGCACAUCCACCAAGGGUUACCUCGGAUAACAAGACUCUACGAAUAUCUACCAUGCAAUUCCCACGAAUGCAAUCGAUGGCCAAUAGUACAACCAGCUCAGUGGUCAAUGUCACUGCACUGGCAUCGGUUGACAUUGACAAUGUUACCAGCGAUAAGAGCAAUUUGGAGACUAAGGCCAUACAUAAGAAGGAAUCCAGUAUAGAUCUCAAGUCUAAGGAUAAAGGGUUGCAAAACAAGAUUUCAUCAAUAUUCAACAACUUGCCUAAUGAUAUUGAAUUGUCUGAUGAUCUGGCAGAUGAACUGGACAGUACCCAGAAUGAAGGCUCGGAAAAUUCUGCAACACCACAAUCAGACAUUGCUUAUAUAGAGAAUCGCUCAGAUUCAAACUUGAGUUCUAUUUCCAAAAUGAAUAAUCAUUUGCAAUUUGAAUUGGGGGCAAGAUACGGUGAAUCUGUUGCUAAAUCGGCUCCUAUCAAGGCUGAAACUAAACACAGUGCUAUAUUUACUCCUAGUUUUGGACAAUCUCCAACUGUAUCCACAUUUCACGCUAUCCAAAACAAAGACGUUUCGGCAAGUAAACAAAGAUCAUCAAACACCCCUUCAACACUCUUGGACAAUGCAAGAAGUAUCAUUCAUCAAAACAUCGAAGCAGUUGCAUCAUCAGCUUCGUCUAUUAUAGCUUCUAAACGGAGGAAAAAGAAGAAACCAACAAAGACUUCAGAAAACCCUUUGAAGAAUGGGGGUAUUCCAAGGAAAUAUUGGAUGAACGAUGCAUUUGUAUCUGACUGUUUAAACUGUUUUAGACCAUUUACUGCAUUCAGAAGAAAACAUCACUGUCGUUUUUGCGGACAAAUAUUUUGUUCAGAUUGCACGUUAUUUAUUUCUUAUAACCAACAUAAAGAUGAAAGGAAUAACACUAGGAAUUCCGCUAAGAAACCGUAUAAUGAUAAGCUCCGAGUUUGCAAACCAUGUUAUAGUGAUGUGAUUAUAUAUUUAAGCGAUGAUUCAUCAAGUGCAAACGAUUCUGAGGGCGAGAAGGAUAUCUCAGCUGAGGAAAUUGAAUUACCAAAGACUAAAGCAGAAAACCUACUUGUUCCUAACCAUCCGUUGUCGAGGAUCCGAUCAAUGUCAAUGGGAUCCAAUAAUCGGGAGAGUAGCCGAACCGACUCUCUUUCUCGAAAGCCGCUGUUGAAAGAAAGCAAUAAUCCAGAAAGCAGCUUUUCAACUAGCCAUUCCAGUUCACCUUCAAGGAGUAAUAAUAAUCAGUUUAUUUAUCCAGACGAAUCCAUCAAGGUACAUCCAAGACAAGCUCCACGUAUGGCAAUUCCUACAACUCGUACAGGAGAAGCAGUUGAGAUUCCUCUAAUGAGACAUUCUUUGAUGAAUUCAAGCAUCUUAAAAACAUCGGGUCCACCAUAUAAUACUAAUAUGAGUUCAUUGCCACAAACGUUUCAUCAAUCAAAUAGUCAGUUCUACCAUAAUCAUCAUCAGCAGCAGCAGCAGCCAGAACAUCAGCAAUAUGGACAGAAACAGAAUCUGUUGCAACAACAACAACAACAACAACAACAGCAAGGUGGACAGUUCCAUAAUCAUUAUCACAACUUAUAUAGCCAGCUGAAUGCACAGUACAACAAUUCUGCGGGUAUUUCUGAAUCAGAGAAUGCAAACAAGACUUGGAUAAAGAACCAUUUAUCUCCUACAUUAACAAAUGCAAACUUAACUAGUCGUAGUUUGGAUAAUCUUGGUUCGGUUUACAAUGGUUUUAUGAAUAGAACACCCUCGUUUAAUAUGAGAGUUUUAUCGGGGUCGAGUAGGGAUCCGUCAAGGUUCAGAAGAGAAUUAUCUUUGGAACCAGGAGAUAUUCAAAGCAUCAGAGGCAAAUAUGGAAAGGAAAUGACAAUUGGACAUCAAAAUGGCUUUGAUGACGAUGACGACGAUGAUGAUGACGACGACGACGAUGAUGAGGAUGAUGAGAAUGCUAAAGAUGAAGGUGUUGAUUUGUCCGACAAUGAAGAAGAUGAACAUGCUAUGUCUAUAUAUACAUCAUUAAAUGAGACUCAUGGGUAUGGUUCAACACCUUUGGCGCAUCAACCACCACCAAUGCAUAGUCAAUCUGCUGUCACAGUGCCGACUUUAGGCGAAUUUCCUAUUAUGAAAACUGGAUAUCCUCUGUUUAGAGGUGCAAUGAAUAGGAGUGCUGCAGCUAAUCUUGCUAAUGUGUUCCAUAACCACUCAAUGGGAUUAAAUGACGAGGGUUCUAGUAAACAUCAACCAGAGAAUAUAAGGUCCAGAGCUAGAGCUCAUGCUUCUCUUCAAAGAAUGAGAUCAAGAAGACAAGCAAAAGCAACUAGAAAUGUGCUGAUACUUUCACAAAGUAAUUUGCGUCUACCAAGCUUGGAGCCAUCAAACCAUAGGCCUCAAUACGCUUCUUCUUUGACGCCUAUAGUUUCGCCAGCAUCACCGGGAGUAAACUCCUCUAAUUUGACUACUGGUAUAGUUGCAUCAGAUGAGGUCAGUUCUUCGUCAGCAAACAUAGACCCCGAGAUGUCUCCUAUUGGACCACAAAUAUCCACUAGUACACAUUUAGAAAGGUAUCAUUCUGGUGAAAGAAAUGAUUAUUUUGGACUGGAUGAUCAUUUAAUAGGUACCAAUGAAUCCCGUGACUUGGUAUCAUGGAAAGAUGGGAAAACUGCAGACAAUAAGGACGAGUUAUAUGAUGAGACUUUGGAUUUCGUUUUGCGUCAGUCAUUAAAAGAUGGUGAUAUUGAAACGGAUAUUGAACGAUGGGUGGCUGUUCUUCGGAAGCUGUUAGGAUAUAUUGACGACAUUAAAUUGACAGACACGUUAGAUAUAAGACAAUAUGUGAAAAUAAAAAAAAUUUUGGGUGGUAAAAUAGAGCAGACCGAAUUGGUUGAUGGUUUAUUCAUGACUAAAAAUAUAGAUUCCAAGAAGAUGGCAUCAAGAAUUACAAAUCCUCGUAUAGCAUUGCUUAUGUUCCCCAUCGAAUACUUGAAACAAAAGGAACAAUUUAUUAGUUUACGAAUUAUCCACGCCCAGCAAUCCGUUUAUAUCACAAACUUGGUAUCACGAUUGGUGUCUAUGGAACCAGACAUCAUUGUUGUUGGAGAUUCGGUUUCUGGCUUGGCGGAGAAAUUGUUUGAGGAUGCUGGUAUCACAGUCAUUUCGAACGUUAAACCACAAGUUAUUGAAAGAAUUUCCAGGUACACCAAAGCAGACAUUUUCCAAUCCGUUAAUGAUUUAUUCUUUAAAAAGGGUAAAUUGGGUUUGUGUGAGAAUUUUGCUGUCAAGAGAUACAAAUACCAGAAUCAAAUUAAAACGUUUGUGUUUUUCACUGGUUGUGAUAUACAUCUGGGAUUCACGAUAUCUAUACGUGGUGGCAAUACCAAUGUAUUGAAUAAUGUGAAAUAUGCAGCAGAAACAUUGAUGCCAGGUUAUAUAAAUGCCAGGUUCGAAAAGAGUUUUUUGGAUAAUUUACUGUUGUCUUAUGUUAAACCCAUUGAGAACCCCAAAAUUGUGGAUAUACAACAGAAGUUGCAGAAAAUUGGUGAUCAUGCAACUGAAAAUGAUGAAAAUGGGAAAUUGCAAGAUUUAAAAUUAGACCCUGCAGAGGUGAUCAAUUAUGUUAAACUGUUUAGUGAAAGAAAGCUCAGUUUGUCUCCACCGGUAGAGUAUUCAUUACCUAAUCCCUUGGUACGGACAAUUUGCACAUACUACACCGUGCACCAGUUUGCCCAACAAAAUACUGAAAUACAGAAGUUGUCAUCAAUUGAUGAGAUCAAAGAGGAAUGGCUAGACGAAUUAAAGAUUGAUUAUAAAUUGGAAGAGUUACCUGGGAGAGAAAGUAAUUUGAUAAGCAUCUUAAAAUUUGCUAGUGAUGCUCAUUUGAAAUUAUUGAUUAAUGAUUAUCUAGCUCGUUCUAGAAUAUGGUCAAAUUGUAUGAAAUAUCCUUCUUAUCAAUUGUAUCCAAUAUGCCAUCGAAAUAUUCAUUUAUUGCAUUCGACAGUUUCAAUUAAACACGCAACACCUUGUGCUGGCCCUGCCAUAAUUGUUAUUGAUUAUUAUACUGAUAAUGAUAAGUGUUUUGGGUUAUUCCUUGAUCAGGCAUUCCAUGAAAGUCUGAAGGUUUGUGGUGAAUGUGGUGAGACAUACUUGGAUCAUUAUAAGAGUUAUGUUCAUGGUAAAGCCAAAGUUGAUUUGAUCAUUGAAAAAUAUGAUAUCCAGUGUCUUAAUAAUGGUGAAAUGCAAGGUAAAAAUCAAAGAGUCAUGUGGAGUUAUUGUAAAGAAUGUAAUUAUGAAACGCCAAUUAUUGCUAUGAGUGAUGAAACGUAUUAUUUGUCUAUUGGCAAAUUUUUUGAGUUGAAUUUUUAUGGUGAGAGUGUUUUUGGUGGUUGUAAACAUGAUUUUUUCAAAAGUUAUGUCAAAUGCUUUGGAUUUAAUAAUUUGGUUAUUCGACUUGAAUAUUCCACAAUUGAUAAUUAUGAGAUUGUUGUUCCUAAGAAGCAAUUGGAAUUUAUAACUAAUAUUGAUAUGAAACUAAAAAUUGAUGCUUAUAAAUUUAUUCGGGCUAAAGCAGAUGUGUUUUUCGAUUCUGUUUUUAAACGGUUAAAACGAGUGAAAUUAGAUACAUUUGAAAAAGCCGAGGAUGGGAUUCAAAAAAUCGAGGAAUUGAAGAUUAAGUUACAAGAACAAUCAGAUAGUAUUUAUGGUAGAUUGCAAUCGAUUUAUGAUAAAAUUAUACCGACAAAUUAUCUUGCGUUGAAUGUUGUGUUGCGAGAUUUGCAAAAAUUGGGUGUUUAUUGGGAUAAUGAAUUUAAUGAUUUUGAAAAGACAUAUUUACCCAGUGAGAAUGAGGUCAAUAAAAUUACCCAAUUUCAUUUACGUAAGUUUUUGAUGGAUCGAUACACCGAUGAUGAUGAUGAUAAUAAUAAGAAAGUUGUCGAUGUAACUGGAAAUGAACCUUCUAAUGAUUCUAAGGAAACUGGAACUUUAGAUGAUGGGAAGUUAUUGUCAAGCAAAGAUUGUACAGAUGAGACAACACCUGAUAACAGUCAAAAUUCAAUAAAAGCUGAUGAUGACAGUAACGAUAUUAGGGAUAAAUCAACUAAUGAGUUACUGAAACCGUUCCCAGAAUUUGUUCCCAAGAAACCUCGUGAAUUACCUUUGAAUAGAAAUUUAUCUGAUUCCAACAUUGAAACUAAGAUGUUUCCUCAAAGCACAUUAUAUGAACUGGGUUCUAAUAUAUCCGAGAGAAUAAAUAAAUGGAAUCAAACUGCUGAAACAGCUGAUAAGACAACACCAAUAAAAUUGACACAUCGUGAGUCGGAUAGUUCAUUGAGAUCAAUCAACACCGUGAUUCCGUCACAAAAUAAAGUGAUUCAUUUGGCGAAUUUUUUUGAUAAAAUGUAUUAUGACCAGAUUUCAUUAGAAUUUUCCAAACAAAGAGAACGAGAAUUGAAACGUAAAUCAAAGGUUAAGGCUCAACCUAUUUUUGAUAGUAAACCUAUCGUUGAGAUUUAUAAUAAAAUUGAAGAUGUUGUUGGUCCCGGAGCUGAUGAUGAGAAAAAGAAGGAUAUUGUUGUCAAGAAAGAUGAACAGGAUAAAGGACAAGUUAAAGAAAGCCAACAAGAACUGUCACAACAACAGCAGCAACUGUCACAGCUGCAGCUGCAGCUGCAAGAGCAAUUGGAUAUUCCUGAAAAGCAAUCAUUGUUAAAAUCAUUGACGAAUUUCUGGGCUGAUAGAGCUGCCACAUUGUGGGAUCCAUUGAAUUAUCCAUUAGAAAGUCAUGAACAUACAUUUGCUGAUUCUGAAGUUAUUGUUCGAGAAGAUGAGCCAAGUUCAUUAGUGGCAUUUUGUCUUUCUUCUAAUGAUUACAAGCAAAAAAUUAAUAAUGCAUUUGAAAAGAAUAGAAUGGGCGAUAGUGGAAACUUAUAUUUGAAUUUAAAAGAAAAUAAGGUUUAUGAUGAUAAAGGUCAACAAAAUACAACUAUUGAACUGGAAGUGGCAAAGAGCGGUAUUACUACGGAAAGUGCCAGUAUUAUCACUAAUGUUGGUGAUAAUGCUAAACUUGAAGAAUCUUCGCUGAAUCAUACUAGUAACAAUAAUAAAUAUGGAGAAUCGUUAGUUGCAAGUGAUAAUAAAAAGGGAGCUCAAUUUGCCAAAAUCGAAAAGAAAUUCAAAAAGAAAUUGAAUAAAGAGGGGGGUAUCGGUGGGGGAGGAACUGGUGGUGGUGGUACUGGUGCUAAUGACAAUGUUAACCCGUUGGAAUCGAUUUUAACGAGAAAUAAAUCCAAUCAUUUGAAAUAUCAAUUUAUUGAUGGGAAUACAAAUUUAUCAUGCAAGAUCUUUUAUAGUGAACAAUUUGAAGCCUUAAGGAAAGCAUGUGGUAAUAAUGAUAAUUUUAUUCAAAGUCUUAGUCGAUGUGUUAAAUGGCAAUCUAGUGGAGGUAAAAGUGGUUCAAGUUUUUUGAAAACUUUAGAUAAUCGAUAUAUUUUAAAAGAAUUAUCUAAACUGGAAUUAGAAUCAUUUGUUUCAAUUGCUCCAUUUUAUUUCAAAUAUAUUAGUCAAUCAAUGUUUAAUACUUUAACUACAGCAAUUGCGAAAAUAUUUGGAUUUUAUCAAGUACAAAUUAAAAACACCACCACGGGGAAAAUAUUUCGAAUGGAUUUUUUGAUUAUGGAGAAUUUAUUUUAUAAUCAUAAAACUACAAGAAUAUUUGAUCUUAAAGGUUCAAUGAGAAAUCGUCAUGUUCAACAAACUGGCAAAGAGAAUGAAGUUUUAUUAGAUGAAAAUAUGAUUGAAUAUAUUUACGAAUCACCAGUGUUUGUUGGACAACAACUGAAGAAAUUAUUACGAGGAUGUUUAUUUAAUGAUACUAGUUUCUUAUCGGCCAUGGAUGUUAUGGAUUAUAGUUUAGUCAUUGGUAUAGAUGAUUCAUCAAAGAAAUUAUAUUUAGGGAUUAUUGAUUGGUUAAGGACAUUUACUUGGGAUAAAAAAGUGGAAAAUUGGGUGAAAGGUAAUAAUUUGAUUGGUGGGAAUAAACGAGGGAAAGAUCCAACCAUUGUUACUCCUAAACAAUAUCGUAUAAGAUUUAGAGAAGCUAUGGAAAGAUAUAUUUUAGAGGCACCUGAUAUUUGGUAUGAAGGAUCGAAAUGA